GAAAAAAUAUUAUAUCUUGGAAGGAAAAAGAAGUAAAAUUCCAUUUGGAGUAGAAGUCUUAACUCACACUCUUUCUCUUCAUUUCCCUUCCUAUUCUCUUCUCUGCACAACAAGAAAUUCUGGGUUAUUUUCCAAAAAGAAGCAACAUUCGCCAAAACACAAGCAAAGCACAACUACCCAUAACAAAUGCUCUCUCUGACCCCAAAGCCCAAAGCUUUACUUGUUUCUUCACUUCAUCACUGCCUUCUCCAGCUUUCUCUACCUUUUUCUUACUCAUAGUUACCACACAAAGAGCCAACUACUGUAAUAAUAUCAACAAUUUAUGGAGUUAGAGUGAAUAUAACUGCCCAACAAGACAAGCUAAGUACUAGAGAGAGAAAUAAAGAAUAGAGAGUAGUGGGUUUUGGUUGGUGAAAUUUGAUAUGGCCUUCGCUUCUAUCUUUUGUUGUGGAAAGCGUUUGGAUCGGAAAGAGCGAGGAAAGAAACAGCCAACAUGGCGGAUCUUCUCCUUGAAGGAACUACAUGCAGCUACAAACAACUUCAAUUAUGAUAACAAGCUGGGAGAAGGAGGAUUUGGCAGUGUUUACUGGGGUCAGCUUUGGGAUGGAUCACAAAUUGCUGUUAAAAGGUUGAAGGCCUGGAGCAACAAAGCAGAUAUGGAAUUUGCUGUUGAAGUUGAGAUACUAGCACGUGUUCGACACAAGAAUCUGCUGAGUCUACGUGGUUAUUGUGCUGAAGGACAAGAGCGUCUCAUAGUAUACGAGUAUAUGCCAAAUUUGAGCUUGCUCUCUCAUCUUCAUGGGCAGAACUCAGCAGAAUGUCAUCUUGAUUGGAAGAGGCGGAUGAAUAUUGCCAUGGGUUCUGCAGAGGGGAUUGCCUACCUUCACCACCAUGCAACACCACAUAUCAUUCACAGAGACAUCAAAGCUAGCAAUGUCCUGCUGGAUUCUGACUUCCAGGCUCAGGUUGCUGAUUUUGGAUUUGCAAAACUAAUCCCUGAUGGGGCAACACAUGUAACCACAAGAGUUAAAGGUACACUUGGCUACCUGGCCCCUGAAUAUGCUAUGCUCGGGAAAGCAUCAGAGAGCUGUGAUGUAUAUAGCUUUGGCAUUCUCUUACUAGAGCUUGCCAGUGGCAAGAAACCCCUUGAGAAAACGAGUGAAGCAGUGAAACGAACAAUUACUGAUUGGGCUAUGCCAUUGGCAUGCGAAAGGAAGUUCAAUGAGCUGGCAGAUCCAAAGCUAAAUGGUAAGUUUGAGGAGGGAGAGUUGAAAAGAGUUGUUCUUGCUGCUCUCAAGUGUGCUGACAGUCGGCCUGAGAAAAGACCCACAAUGCUCGAGGUUGUAGAACUACUGAAAGGGGAAUCAGAGGAGAAGUUGGCUGAAUUAGAAAAAGAUGAAUUGUUUAGGGUAUCCCAGCCUGCUGAUUAUAAUGAUGGAGUAUCAGUUGCUGAAGACAGCUCAGACUUCAUCUCAGAGGAGAAGGAUCCGAGACAAGAAGUGAAGGAAAUUGGACAAUAGAACACCCGUGAUAGCUUUGUUUUGCGUUUUUUUUUUUUUUUUUUAUGUAAAAUUUGGUUUGGUGUACUGGUUUUUACUUGGAAAAUGAGGUGGCACUAGCAAUCCAUUUAUUAGAAUUGUCAGGAAAUGAAACAUGCUACAAGAAUUGUGCGUGUGGCUCAUUUUGUUGUCUUGUUCCUGUAGGUUUUCUUUCUCAUCGGGUUGUCACUUCUUCCGUUUCCAUGAAAUAUUUCUGUUUUUCAUGGAUACUUGUUCAUUUUAUUUAUCAUUGUGUAUUCUCAUUGUCUCUUAAUUGUUUUGGUUUGAGAAGUUUCAAUGACAACGCAUCCCCUGGA